AGUCGGGAAUAUAAAAGCCCGCCGGCUGCCAGUGUCGCUUUCCAUUCCAUUCCACGCGACAGGACACUCGCAGUCGGGCCGACGACGAAAUGCUGCGCCACCUGCUCCGCCACGAGAACAACAAGGUCUUUGUCCUGAUCCUGCUCUACUGCGUCCUGGUCAGCAUCCUGAAGCUCUGCACAGCGCAGCCGGAUGGCUCGGUGGCCGCCACCGAUAAUGAUAUUACGCAUCUGGGCGACGAUUGUCAGGUGACGCCCGUCAUCCAUGUGCUCCAGUACCCGGGCUGUGUGCCCAAGCCGAUUCCCUCGUUCGCCUGCGUGGGUCGCUGUGCCAGUUAUAUCCAGGUGUCGGGCAGUAAGAUCUGGCAGAUGGAGCGCUCGUGCAUGUGCUGCCAGGAGUCGGGUGAGCGGGAGGCAUCCGUCUCGCUCUUCUGUCCCAAGGUGAAGCCCGGCGAGCGUAAGUUCAAGAAGGUCCUGACCAAGGCGCCAUUGGAGUGCAUGUGCCGGCCAUGCACCUCCAUCGAGGAGUCUGGCAUCAUACCACAGGAAAUUGCCGGCUACUCGGACGAGGGUCCACUCAACAAUCACUUCCGACGCAUCGCACUGCAAUAGAAUCCCCCAUCUGUAUGGCGCACUCAUUACACACAUUAAUAUAAAUUACAAUUCAAAUUGCCGUUUCUGCUUGUACACAGUGAAAAAUAAUAUGUGCCUAUGAAAAUGCCUGUCAGUAAAAAAACCAGAGUCAGAGUCGGGAAACAAAA